AUGGGUCAGUCCUCUUCCACAUCCUCACAUAUAAAAGGUGAUGAUUUGGCCUCCAGCUUUGGCAAGUUUUUUAAGGACUUUAAGAUAGAAAGCCAAAUCCUCUCUCAGGAGACCAUCACAUUGAUCAAAACACACCUGAAGGAGGGGGACCUUCAGAAAGCAGCUUCUGCAAUUAGUGAUGCAUUGAGAGAUAUUGACAACGCCCCUCUAAACAUUGCUGUGACUGGGGAGCCUGGGACAGGAAAGUCCAGUUUCAUCAAUGCACUGCGAGGGAUGGAGCAUGAUGAAGAAGGGGCUGCCCCCACUGGGCUAGUGGAGACAACCUUGGAGAGAAUCUCAUACAAACAUCCAAAGUUUCAUGUGACAUCUUGGGAUCUGCCUGGCAUGAUGACUACUACCUUUCAGCCACAGAUGUAUCUGAAGAAAAUGAAAUUUUGUGAGUAUGAUGUCUUUAUUAUCAUCUCUUUCACACGCUUCAAAAUCAGUGAUAUGCAUCUAGCUGCAGCAAUAAAAAAAAUGAAGAAGAAUUUCUACUUUGUUCGAACUAAAGUGGACAAUGAUUUAUAUAAUAUAAAAAUGAGUAAACCCAGCACAUUCAAUAAGGAUGAAGUCCUGCAAGGGAUCCGCAAUGACUGUGUGACUCAGUUGCAGAAUGCCAAUAUGAGUGACACUCAGGUCUUCUUGAUCUCCAGCCUUGAUUUGUUUAGCUAUGAUUUCCAAAGCCUAGAGACCACCCUUCUGAAGAAGCUCCCAGCCUACAAGUGCCACAUCUUUAUGCAAUAUCUACCGAAUGUUACUGAGGCUGCCAUUGACCAGAAGAGGGAUUCCGUGAGACAGAAGGUCUGGCUGGAGGCCAUUAAGGCUGGAGCAACAGCCACCAUCCCUUUCAUGGGUUUGAUUGGUGAUAAAGAUGUAGAGAAGCUGGGAGAGACUUUAACCCUUUACAGGUCUUACUUUGGGUUAGAUGAUGCAUCCCUGGAAACUAUGGCCAAGGACUUGAAUGUGUCCAUGGAGAAACUCAAGGCAAACCUUAAGUCUCCCCAUUUGCUAACAGUUGAGAAGGAAGAUGAGUCUUUAGGGAAAAAACUACUGAGAUAUGUGGAAAAAUUCUGCUCUGUUAGUGGAGGACUCAUUGCCACUGGUCUUUACUUUAGGAAGAUUUUCUAUUUGCAAAAUUAUUUCCUUGAGACUGUGGCAAGUGAUGCAAAAGUUAUUCUUAACAAAGAAGAGAUUUUUAAGGAAUCUCUAGGCAAAAUGCACACACCUGCCCACACACAGACCAUGGGUCAGUCCUCUUCCACACCCUCUCAUAAAACAGGUGGUGAUUUGGCCUCCAGUUUUGGCAAGUUUUUUAAGGACUUUAAACUGGAAAGCAAAAUCCUUUCUCAGGAGGCCAUCACUUCGAUUGAAAAAUCCUUGAAGGAGGGGAACCUUCAGAAAGCAGUGUCUGAUAUUAAUAAGGCACUGAAAGACAUUGACAAUGCCCCUCUGAGCAUUGCUGUGACUGGGGAGUCUGGGACAGGGAAGUCCAGUUUCAUCAAUGCCCUGCGGGGAGUAGGGCAUGAUGAAGAAGGGGCUGCCCCCAUUGGGGCAGUGGAGACAACUUUUGACAGAACCGAAUACAAACACAGAAAGUUUCCCAAUGUGACAUUAUGGGACCUGCCAGGUGUAGGGACCACUACAUUUCACCCACAAGAGUAUUUGGAGAAAAUGAAAUUUCGUGAGUAUGAUUUCUUUAUUAUCAUCUCUUCCACACGCUUCACAAUCAAUGAUGCACAACUGGCUACAGCAAUUAGAAAAAUGAAGAAGAAUUUCUACUUUGUCCGAUCUAAAGUGGACAGUGAUUUAUAUAAUCUAAAAAGAACUAAACCCAGUGAUUUCAAUAAGGAUGAAAUCCUGCUAAAGAUCCGUAAUGACUGUAUAACUCAGUUGCAGAAUGUCAAAGUGUGUGACCCUCAGGUCUUCUUAGUCUCCAACCUUGAUUUGUCUAGCUAUGAUUUCCAAAGCCUAGAGACCACCCUUCUGAAGGAGCUCCCAGCCCACAAACGCCACAUCUUCAUGCAAUAUCUACCGAAUAUUACUGAGUCUGCCAUUGACCGGAAGAGGGAUUCCCUGAGACAAAAGGUCUGGCUAGAGGCUGUAAAGGCUGGAGCAUCGGCCACUAUCCCUUUCAUGGGCUUGAUCAAUGAUAACGAGGUGGAGAAGCUGGAGGAGACUUUACCCCUCUACAGGUCUUACUUUGGGUUGGAUGAUGCAUCCCUGGAAACCAUAGCCAAGGACUUGAAUGUGUCAGUGGAGAAACUCAAGGCAAACCUUACGUCUCCCCAUUUGCUAUCAGUUGAGAAGGAGGAUGAGUCGUUAGGGGAAAAACUACUGAGAUAUGUGGAAAAAUUCUGUUCUGUUAGUGGAGGACUAAUUGCCACUGGUGUUUACUUUAGGAAGAUUUUCUACUUGCAAAAUUAUUUCCUUGAGGCUGUGGUGAGUGAUGCAAAAGUUCUCCUUAACAAAGAAGAGAUUUUUAAGGAAACUGUAGGGUCUGGGCAAGCUUAUCUGCUUCAGGAUGUUGGGAUUGAAAAUAGGAAAAGUGAUGCAACCAGUUCCUGAAUUAUUCUCAGUGCUGGCACUGGUGCCUGGAAAGUGGAUUUAGGGCUUCCCUGAAGCAAUCCUGACCCACUGCCUUCAAGAUGUAUCACAAAUAUUUCUGUAAUUCACUCUAGAACAAACCAUGAUCUUAAUGACUGUUUUUUUGAAGUGAGAGUAAUCAACUCUAAUGAAUCCUUUCACAUGAUCCUUCCUGGGAAAAUGAAGGACAGGAAUCUGGAGUUUUCUGACCAGUGGAGGGCAUAACACUUUGUGUAAUGGUUACUACAUACUCAUAUUGACAUAGAAGUAAAAAAUGGCUGUUCAUACAGUAGAUACUCAAAACAGAUUUUUAAAUAAAUGCAUACAUACAUAGUC